AUUGAAUAAGGAAGAUAAUCUGAGUCAUCAAAUCGAGAGAGAAUUCAUUGACAAAUUUACAAUUAUCUCUACGUCUACAGAUUCAUCGUUUCAAAGUGCACAAAAUACAAAGAUUCCACUUCAGAAAGCCGUAUCGUAUAUCCCUCUAAAGGAAGAUAAAAAAAUACAUAACACGACUCAAAUAACUUUGCCAUAUGUCCACGUAUUUUUGGCCUCAGAUAAGUCUGCAGUAACUAUUUCUACAGGUAGGAGCAAAUCUAAAAGUCUAACUAACAAUAAUGGUACUAGUAAAAGCACAGCAUUUACUACAACUUCUAAAACCUCUUUUGAAGAUUUAUUAAACAUGAACAAUCACAGUAAUAACUUUCAAUCCACCAAUGAUUCAUCAGCAGAGCAAAUUUAUGCAAAAUCUUUCGGUCUACAUACAGGUAAACAUAAUAUUGAUCCAAUAAUAGCUAAAAAAUAUGAAAAUACUACUAUCUAUCAAAAAAGUACAAACGCAACCGACACACACAUUUAUGAUAAAUCGACUGAUAUUCCCUAUGAUACAUCAAAUUAUUUAGAAACUACAAGACUUACAAUGUCUCCUGAUAGUUCUAAUUUAGAAAACAAAAUCCUAAACAAUGCAAGAAUUUCCCAAGAUCAAAUAAUAACCACAUUCGUUGUCCCAAAUACUACGACGAAAAAUGAAAGUGUAAGAAGCAAAGAGAUCGCAAAAAAUAAAGAUGUAUUGAAAAAUCUUGACUAUAACAAUUUAUUCACAAAAACUAUUUUUAUCACGAGUAGAAUUGUGAAUAAUUCUAGAAAGGAAAGGAUACUCAAAAAUAUUUUUAAAUCUAAAUUUAUAUUUCACACCAAUCUUUCUAAACAUAUAAGCUUGGUCAAAUCACCAACUUAUAAUAGUAACGCUAGGCUUAGUCAAGACAAUAGCACCGAAAAUCCUUUAGUACAUAUUAGUAAGUAUUAUAACCAAACACAUCCAAUAAAUGACAUAUAUGUUUAUAAACAAAAUAAUUAUCACGGGACUAUCCAACCUACAUAUUUUGAAUUACUCGCAAGAAGUGGUAAUGAAAAUAAUAAUCAGUUAGCACAAAAUAAUAAGCCAAAACACGAAACUACUAAAUCAAUCGUUUACAACACAUAUAAAGCUUUAACUGAGGAAGAACUCACCCUGCCACCUGAUGUUAGAAAAAUUAAAACUACAUAUUCAACUAUUUAUACAAAACACAUUAACAGUAUUAAAUCACUUUUAAAUGUAAAAGUUAGCAAACCUCUGUCUAAACAAACCAAAUUUAACUCAAAGUCUGAAGUUCCUUCAAGACUCUUAACGGAUAAAUAUAAUACGACAAAAACAUAUAAUGAUUUUGAGAACACCCUAACAAAUGACACUCUUUACAAUUUUACUAAUAACAUCACCUACCUCCAUCCUAUUGAAAAGCUUUCAAAACAAACACAACGGAGAUCAUUCAAUCGUAUUCAUAUAAAGAAUAGAAAGCGCCCAAUGAUAAUGAUGAAUACUGAUGACUUCCUCUCUUUUCGACGACCGGUCACGACGAAAGGAAAUUACUUUGGAAUGGUAAAAUCGGACUCCUUACCCGUGCCUAGGCUUCAGAUCAAAGUUGAGCCAGUCGGGACACCGGUGCCAAAACGCGUUAUAUUGAGACCAAAAUUCAAUUCAUUUGAAGAUUUUAAAAUGAACCCCGUAAGGCGAGUAAUGCCAAAGGAAAUCAUAAUGCCAGAUGAUCGCGAUUUUUAUAGAAGUAACUUCCAAUUUCAUCACAAACCUGGCCAAUCAUGGAGGGAGAAGAUAGACGAAGUGCGGACGAAAUUAAAGCCUCGACGUCGUUCAGGUGUAGAAACAGCACGAAAGAUAAAGUUUGAACCUGUUAUAGACGUACCGUAUUACAUGCCCACUCUUAUGAAGCCCAAUUUCCUCAGAGACAGAGUGGAAUCUGUCAGGACUUAUAUUUACAACGAAGAACAGAACCAAGUGAAUGGAAGGAGGCAUUUUAAGAGUCCUCCUAGAGUUGAUAAGUCAGGGGUAAUAGUAGAUGCUUCGGAGACGCAAGAACAUAUGUACUAUAGUGCGGAAAGGUCCCCAGAACAGACACUAUCGCCAUCUCCUCAGGUCACUAGGCCAAAGAAAACGAUAUUCUUUUUAAGUCCAACAGUUCCGUAUAAUCGUUAUUUUUAACUCGUUUGUAAGGCUGAAAGGAAUACUGAAACGCCUAAACUAGUGCACAAUAUUA